AUGGCCAGCUCACCGCGCACCAUCCAAUCGCGCCUUAGCCAUCUCGUCAAACAUUGGCCAGUAGACAAUGUCCGCCCAGCCUCUGUUUCUGUGCAAUCCUACUUGAACUUCGCUCUAGGCCAGAAGCCCGAAGUUGACCCCAAAGAGAAAAAGUCCGAUGCUCCUCCCCCAAGACAACCUGUGGUCUCCGACUCCUCCGCCAGCGCCCUGCAAGCACUCCUUGAAAACCGCUUCGUCACCCGUUACCCCAUGGGAAAGAACAUUCGAUUCCCCGCAAGUGACCCUGAUCAUUACGAUAAUGUUGUACGCGAGUUUGAAGAAGCUCCCAGCCGAGACUGGGUUGGCCGGAUCCGCAAGCGCUUGGGUGGAUUGUUCCGCCUUUCCUAG